AGCGCCGCGCUCCCCUCGCAGUUUCCCCUGCGGGUGAAGCUUCCACGCGUUGCUGUAUUUACCCUCCCUGGAGAGACGAGCAGAGCUCAUCGUGCCCACGGGGAGCAGCGAAUUUUGUAGGGCAGCCAGUAACAUGGCAGCAAUGGGCUACUUUUGCCAGAGCCUGGUAUCUCAUAGAUGGGAAGAUGCAACCACCCGGAAAACUUGCAGCCACGAGUGUAAUCAGACUUCAGGGGAAGCAUAAACCUGUGUAUCAUGCACUAAGUGACUGUGGAGACCAUGUUGUCAUAAUAAACACGAGACACAUUGCAUUUUCUGGUAACAAAUGGGAACAGAAAGUGUAUUCUUCUCACACAGGUUAUCCAGGUGGCUUAAAACAAGUGACAGCAACGCAACUUCACCUAAAAGAUCCAACAGCAAUUGUUAAACUGGCUAUUUAUAGAAUGCUUCCAAAGAACCUGCACAGAAGAACUAUGAUGCAGAGGCUGCACCUCUUUCCAGAAGAUGUUAUCCCAGAAGACAUACGUAAUAAUCUUGUAGAGGAGCUUGCUCAGCCACGCCGAAUCCCCAAAAGGCUAGAUGAAUACACACAAGAAGAAAUAGAUGCCUUCCCGAUGCUCUGGACUCCACCUAAAGAUUAUCGAAAGAUGUGAAAAAGAACUGAAAGAGGAAAGGCUGUCUUUCCUGCAAAAGAUGAGUUCCAGCAUCACCCACAUUCAUCUUAAUCAUCCAUUCUAUGUAGAGGACAGAUUUUUUUCAGGUACAAGGAGAAUUUGUUUAGGGAAGAUCAGUCAUCUUUAGUGUAAUGAAAACACCAAGCUAAACACUGAUAUAAUAUUUCUGACAUUUCCUGUUCCAGAAUGUAUUGCAUGAAUCUGGCCUUUGAUGUUGAAUGUUAAUAAAAGGAUUUUAUUUCUCUA